AUGCGCCUGAACGUGCGCUGCGUGAGCGCGUACGCGUUCGCGAUUGAGAACUUCAAGCGCACCCCAGAGGAGGUCGACGCGCUCAUGUCCCUCGCCGAGGAGAAGCUCCUCGAGAUAUGCCAGCAUGGAGAUCUCCUCGGCGAGUAUGGCGUCCGUCUAAACGUGCUCGGCAAAACGAGCCUACUACCCCCACGGGUCCAAGCCGUCAUCACCAAAGCCGAAGAGAUGACGCGGCAUAACAACAGGGCAAUCCUCAACCUGUGCAUGCCCUACGCCGCGCGGAACGACAUCGCCUUUGCCGUCGACUCCACCAUCGAGCACGCCAUCGCGGAGGGCUGGGAUCGCGAGAUCACAGAGGACGACAUCGCCGCACACCUCAUGACCGCCGCGGCAGGCAGUCCCCCGCUCGACGUGCUCGUGCGCACCUCCGGCGUCAAGCGCCUCAGCGACUAUCUUCUCUGGCAGUGUUCCGAAAACACGCAGCUGCAGUUCUCCAAUACGUAUUGGCCUGAUUUCGGCCUGUGGGACUUCGUGCCCAUCAUUUUGGACUACCAGCAGAAAGUGUGGGCAGGUGCUUCUUCGUUGAAGGCCGUAUCGUCAUAG